ACUGGGAGCAGUUGGACUAAAUCCUUCCUGGCAAUUCAAGCGAGCUCGAUCUUUAAAAUUCUUCGAUAUGAACUUUUCCCACCAUUUCGCGUUACUGACAUUUUUCGGUUACUAUCAAUUCGCCGAAAUGCAGAAUAUUAAGGAAAUUGACGCAAACUGCGUGGAAACAAGCCCGUUCUGCGUGGCAAAUUCGGACUGCUGUGGUCACCUUUGCGUACCACUUGUCUCACACACUAUCCCAGACACAACAGUGUACCAUGCUCUUGUCAAUGUCGGACUCCGGGGCGAGAGCCAGUUUGACCUUUCCAGCCUGAAUGUCUGCUCAAUGGUAAGCAUAAAAGACGGCAAAGUGGCGGAGCCAGGUGCUAGGGGGUUGGAAGAAAGUUUGGGAAGGACCACACCGCCGACGACACCGCCGACAACACCGACGACACCGCCGACAACACCGCCGGUACCGGCACCACAAUACCCGUGGUAUCCACCGUACCCUGGAUGUUUCCCGAAAACAUUACAAGACGAGGUUGCCAUUGAAUUAGACAAGCUUGUAGAAUUCGUUCCCACCGUUUGUCGCCCUUUUAUGGAAGAAAGCACGAAAAUAUUGGGCAGAUAUAUGAAACAAGUUCCUGUACGACGGGGUGCAUCGUAUGGUGACGAAUGUUCGGCAGAUGCCCGCGUAGAUAAGAAAGACUGGCGGUACGUGUAUUAACUUUUCUAAAUACAAUGUAUGUAAGUAUAAGUGACUACGUAUGUUAAAUGGGUUGUUGAAUAAGUAAUACUGAAGUAGCGUGUCUAUUUAUUGUAAUAUUGUACAGUGCAGUAGUAGCUUGGCAUUAAAGUUUUACCAUAUCGGUAGCAGAACGAUAUAAUUUUAA